AUGAGUACAACAACAGUUGUGGAGUUGGAAAACCUCCAAUCGAAGUCGCGGUAUCGGGCAGCACAGUUCUCCGCAACCUCCACAAAGAGCCAAUCGUCCUCGACGACGGCGCUACAAACGUCGCAACCGAAGAAUACGGCACCCUCCUCGACUUACACGGAAAUGAGUUCACACCCCCAACCUACACAAUCAAGCAAAUCCACGACGCUAUCCCAGCGGAAUGUUUCGAACGCAGCAUCCACAAAGGCACCUACCACGUUCUCAAGAACCUCUCCCAACUGGCUCUCGUCUUUUACUUUUACCAACAAGUACCUCACACCUGAGAAUGUCCCAUCGUAUGCUCUUCGUGUCGCCCUUUGGGGAUUCUAUACCGUCGUGCAGGGAAUUCUUGGUUCGGGUUUGUGGGUUUUAGGUCAUGAGUGUGGACACCAGACUUUUUCGAAGUACAAGGUGCUUAACGAUAGUGUUGGUUGGGUGUUGCAUUCUAUCCUACUGGUUCCUUAUUUCUCCUGGAAAAUCACGCAUCGGAAUCAUCACAAGGGAAUUGCUAAUAUGCGUACUGAUACCUCUUGGGGUUCGUAGUUUCCUUCGUAUUUCCCUCACAUUUCUUCAUCUAUCAGAUAAGACAAGAAUUGACUGCUCCCAUUUCCUCGAAAUUUACUUUCGAGGAAGAAAAUAGAGCAAUCGCUAACACAUUCCAGUUCCAUUCACUCGCCUUGCUUACACAAAAUACUUCGGCACCACCUUGGAAAACGUGAUCGAAUACGCAGAAGACACCCCAAUCUACACUCUCUUCUACUUGAUCGCUCACCAACUAAUCACAUGGCCUGUCUACAUGACUCUCAUGGCCGGAGUCGGCGACGCCUGGUUCGAGAAGCAAGAGAAGAUGAAAGGCAACCCCAACCCACCCCGCAACGAAGAUGGGACCAUCGUGCAGAACUACGAGUUCAGAGGCUCCCACACGAAUCCGUAUAGUCCUCACUUCACACCAAGAGAUGCAAAGUUCAUUUUCAUCACCGAUAUUGGUUUGGCUAUCACAUGGGCGUUCUUGUUGUAUGUGGGAUACAAUUAUGGAUGGGCGAAUAUUGCGGUUUGGUAUGGGAUUCCUUAUUUGUGGGUUGAUCAUUGGUUAAGUAAGUUGCCCUACGUGCCUACAAACCUCCCCGCACUUCAAUUCAAAUACUCACAAGAAAACAGUCUCAUUAACCUACCUCCACCACGUCGAUGGCACUCUCCCACCCUACAACCCCAGCCAAUGGACAUUCGUGCGCGGAGCCGCCGCAACAAUCGACCGCGACUUUGGCUUCGUCGACCGUUGGUUCUUCCACAACAUCAUCGGGACACACGUCUUGCACCACCACGUCUCCAUCAUUUCGCACUACCAUGCGGCCAGGGCUUCCGAGGCGAUCAAGCCGGUGAUGGGUAUCCAUUAUCGGGAGGAUCAAACCGGCAAGGGGAUGUGGAAUUUCCUGCGCAACUUUUGGAGGAAUAGUAAGGCUUGUUCUUGGGUGGAGCCUUCGGAGGGUGCUAGGGGUGGCGGGAAGGACAUUUUGUUUUAUAGUAAUAGGAUUGGGGUUGGUGUUAAGCCUGUGGAGAUGAAGCUUGAGUGA